UCUGCUCUGAAAAUAAUAAAUUAAACUGAGCCUCAUGCAACAGUUGCAAUUUAAAAGUAAUUUUUUAAUUAAAAAAUAAACUGACUCCUAAUCUCGCCGCAAGUUAUCAUUAUGCAUGUGAGUAUACGGGAAAUUUAGAAAAUUAUCAGGAUGGUGACUUCGCUUUUAUUGGAUAUAGUAUGGAAAAGUUAUACGAUAAAAUGUUUUUAAAAGAAGGAAAAGGAACCCGUUCUUUCCUUUCCUGUAACGACCGCUCUAAGGCUCCUCCUACCACCACCCUCUCUCCACCCAUCACCGCCGCAGGCUCAUAAUUGAGGUAUCAGUCGACCAAUUUUCAGUCUGAGGAAUUGAUUUAAUCGGUUUGAAUAUUCUUUCUUUUUAGCGAAUGGGGAGGAUCUCAGUAGCUCACAUACACGAGAUUAAAUGCCCUCCCGCGUCAGUUGAUAUUCGCAUUGUUCAAAAGAGUGUUCGGAAGGCUACCUUCGCAGUUAUUCUUCUUAUACCAUCAAUUAUAAAUCUUAAAAUGGAUUUGAUUUGGUUAGCACUUUGAAUAAUUCUCAUACUCUGUAUCAAAACUAGUAAGAAUAAAGCAGCUAUCUACAGUUUUAGUUCCUUCACAAUGAGCAAUUGCAACAUGACUAGAUUUCGUGCUGUUCACUGUAAAGCUAUGGUUCCCUGGUCCAUGAGCAGAAGGUGGAGAAAUGGAUGUCAAAGAACCCUUUCCACCAGCACUACACAUUUCUCUCGAAACACUUCACUUACUGUCCAUGCCCCAACAUCAAUAGUUCUGGCUGUGAACCUUACACCAUUUGAUGCACCUCAACGCUCAGAUGAAUGGUUUGCCCUUCGUAGGAACAAGCUGACCACAAGCACCUUCAGUACUGCUUUGGGUUUUUGGAAAGGAAAGCGCCGCUCUGAACUCUGGCACGAAAAAGUUUUCGCAUCGGAAACACAAGUUCUCGAAUCUUCUAAAAGGUGUGCUAUGGAGUGGGGUGUGCUCAAUGAAGUAGCUGCUAUUGAGAGGUACAGAAGUAUCACAGGUCGUGAGGUUAGCUCUUUAGGAUUUGCUAUCCAUUCAAAGGAGAAGUUUGACUGGCUUGGUGCAUCGCCGGACGGUCUUCUUGGUUGCUUUCCUGGAGGUGGCAUCCUGGAAGUGAAGUGUCCUUACAACAAAGGCAAACCCGAGACUGCUCUGCCAUGGUCAACCAUGCCAUUCUAUUACAUGCCUCAGGUUCAGGGUCAAAUGGAGAUAAUGGACCGAGAAUGGGUUGAUUUGUAUUGCUGGACACAAAAUGGAAGUACGAUAUUCCGCGUGCUUAGGGAACGUAAUUAUUGGGAUCUUAUACAUGGCAUUCUGCGGGAAUUUUGGUGGGGAAACGUAAUUCCUGCUAGGGAGGCCUUAUCACUGGGCAAGGAAGAGGAUGCCAAGACAUAUGAACCUUCAUCCACACACAAGCAAACAGGGCUUGCAAUUUCUAAGAGCAUAAAAUUAGCUAGUGAAGCAAAGAUGUUAUGUAGGGAGAUUGCAGGUCAUAUUGAAUUUUAUAGAUGAUCUUAAGUUGGAACCUCAUUAGUCAUUGCACUUUUGCCAUAUUUGUUAUUUAUUUUCCACCAAAUAUUUAUUAAACGGCAUUGAAGAGGCUAUUGCAUGUUUAUAA